AUGCUCGUGGCCGUCUCGAUUCUGGCACUCUCGCUGUCCUUCCUCGUCUACCAGCGCCCGCCCUCGACAUGGCUCGCCUUCAUUACUCGCUUUACCCGCUCUGGCGCGUCGUCGAUACCUGAGAAGUCGCAGCAUGGCGAGACAGACCACCGCACUCCCGCGGCGGAGCAGCGCAUAGAGCUGGAGAGUCCAACAAAGCAUGAAGAUACCAGAGUGACUGCAAAGAGCCCAUCUCCCGAAUCCACACCAAAAGCUGCGCCGGCCUCUGAAAAGGAUGCGCCUGCCGUACCUACCUUCACGCUCAACGAGCACGAGAGCUCCGACGAGGAUGAAGAAGACAACCUCCCACCGCCCUCCUUCCCAGCCAUGAACUCUGCCCAGCGAGCCUCGAAGCCGCCCUCGCUAUCCGCCAUGCCCCCUCCAUCCACCAUGCCUCCACCCAGCAAGCCCUCGCUCAUGGCCCCGCCACCAAAACCCACAACCUCGCUCAUGCCGCCACCCCGAGUCGCAGCUUCAAACCUGCGCGCCCUCCCCAACACCUCCACCCAGUCAAUGCGCGUGCCCACAACCGGGCCCCUUCCGAACCGCGGCCCGCUACCCAAUCGCGGCCCACCGACCUCAAACGGCAGCCUGGGGCUUCCACCCACCGCAGGCGCCGCACUCAAGACACCAAACGCACGAGGCAAGGUACUCCUGUCGCCCGGCCACUCGCCACUCGACUGGGCCUAUCUGCAGAAGUCAGGCAAGAACUUGUCGGGCGUUGACUCCAUGAUACGCGUUACACCCGCUAUGCUCAAGGAGAAGAACGGCCGGAAGGGGAAGCCCGCGUGGUCGAGCUAUCAGGGUAAGGUGUAUAACAUCUCGCCCUACCUGCCGUUUCACCCUGGUGGAGAGGGCGAGCUGAAGAGAGCGGCGGGAAAAGACGGGACGAAGCUGUUUAUGGAAGUGCAUCCGUGGGUGAAUUGGGAGAACAUGCUCGGCGAGUGUAUGGUGGGUAUUAUGGUGAGUGAAGAGCAGGCGCCGAGUGAUGCUGGCGGAUUAGAGGAUAUGGAUUGA